CAAUGUUCUGAUAUUUCAUAGGAGUGAGUAACACAGCCUUUCGUCAGCUAAUGGAAUUCACAUACACAGCAACGCUAUCGAUAUCUGGGGAGGAAGAGGUCCUGGAUGUGCUGAAGGCUGCUGAAUACCUACAGAUGCAGGAAGCCAUCAAAGCACUCAAGAAAAUAAAUUCUUCAGCGACAACCAAGACCAUGGCUAAAAAGAGGAAAAUUGCAGAGACACCGAAUGUGAUAACUGAAACCUUACAGGCAGUGGAGGGAGAGCCGCUAGAAAUUGAAGUGGUGGAAUCCGGCCUUGAGGAAGUUGUAGAUGAAAAGUCUGCACAAGCAACAUCGGAUGACUCUGCUUUGGCUCUUCUAGCUGACAUAACUAGCAAAUAUCAGCAAGGGGAACCAACAAUUCAUGUUAUCAAGAAGGAUGAUGAGGAGGUCCUGUAUCAGGAGGAAACUGUGACGGCCUCCAAAGUACUGGAGAACGUUGAAGUUGUUGAAGUCCAGAUCUCCCAACAAGACAACGGCUUCCGCUGCAGCCAAUGUGAUCGUAGUUUUAAGCUGUAUUACCAUCUCAAACAGCACCUAAAAUCUCACCAAGGCCCAGCAGAGAAACCUCACGUUUGCAAGCACUGUGGAAAAGCCUACACGCGGGAGGGCGCCCUAAGCCAGCAUAUUAGCACGUUUCAUUUUGAUGCUGAUGAACUGUCUCGAGGGCACAAAAUUUCUAAGAAAGUGCACAUCUGUGAAUAUUGUAUGAAGCAGUUCGACCAUUUUGGUCACUUUAAGGAGCACUUACGGAAGCACACUGGUGAAAAGCCUUACAAGUGUCCCGAUUGUCAAGAGCGGUUUGCAAGGAACAGCACACUGAAAUGUCAUAUGGCCGCCUGUCAGAAUGGAGCAGGAGCCAAAAAAGGACGGAAAAAGCUCUACGAAUGCCAGGUCUGCAGUAGCCUCUUUAUAAGCUGGGACCUGUUCAAGGAGCAUCUAAUAUGCCACACAGGAGACAAGCCCAACCAUUGCACCAUGUGUGACCUAUGGUUCACCGAAGCCAAAGAACUCAAAGCUCAUCUCAAAGACGUACAUUCUAUUGAGGAGAGGUCAACGGAGCAGCUGGUCAUCACCGACUCUUCUGCAUCUGCCGCUCUUGCCAUAGCCACUCAAAACCUGGAGGGUGGUGAAACAGUCCUGCUUGAUGAUGGCAUUCACGUGGAACAUGUCACAGUGGAGCCCAUGGACGUUAUGCAGGUGGAUGAGACUACAACUGUCGUGGUGGAUGAUGGAGGAAUGGGUGGGAUAUGUGAGGAGGAUUUAGAAAGACUAAAGCAGGCUGGGUUGCAGAUCCAGGUGGUUCAUGUAAACACAGAAGCAGCUCAUGAGGAGGUCAAAGCUGAGGUGGAAGUAGAGAUUGGGGAAGAUGUGUUGAAACUAGAAGAAUCCGAUCAAACGGUGACUGUAUGAAAAUAAUCCUGGGGUUCUUUUUUUUCUUUUCUUUUUUGUUAUGGACAUAUGUGAAUGACACAUUUCUUUAGAUUCAGUUGUGAAAUCAAAUGUCUAUCCAUGUUUCUGCUUCUCUGAAUCUUUUAAAGGUUCCCAUAAUCAAGAUUUCUCUAAGCUAUUGUAUUUAUUUUAAAGCCGUUUUCCACAUCAAUAUUCAGUCUUUAAUAUUUUAGCAAUCACUUUUCAUCAAAUUUUCUCUGCCUAUUAAAUUG